CUGCUGGAGGGGGAGGGGGCCGCGAGCUCAGACUGGCAGUUAGCGGCGACUCCCCUUUGUGUCUGGGCUGGGAGGCGACGCGCGUGGAUCUUCUCCUCCCCUCCGCGCGCUCCUGCUAGCCGCGCCGCUGUGCGGGGGGGCGAGGACGGGAGCAGGCGCCGCCGCGUGAGGGAGCCAGCCUGUGGCAAGGCGCGGGGCUCCGCGGCACCCCAUAGCCGCCGGCUGAAGUCCGGGGACGCCUCCCUCCGCGCGGUGGCUGCUCGAGGCGCUGGAGAGCUGCCCGCCGGCGGAGCGAGGGGGCCUCUGUCGCGAGCUGCAGCCUGAGCCGUUGCUGAGCUGGAAGCACCCGGCUGGGCGCCCUCCAGUCCCGAGGGGCCGGGGCUGCGCCCUCGAGCAGGGUGCCUGCAGAGACGGGCCGGGCCACGGCGCCGCCUGUACAUGGCAGUGGCUGGGAGAGACCUCGCCUAGUUAAGCGACGCGGAAAGGGCCGAAGGACGACGGCGUCGGUCCGCGGCAUGGGGGUGUCCCUCUGACCGCAGCCCUCAGCACUGGCUCUGCGGACCCGGGGCAGGAGAGGUGACAGUUGCUGCCGAUUUUUCUCCUUAUCCCCCUCCCUGGAUAUGUUUCAUGCGAAACCUGGAUGCUUCUUUGAUAUCGUCAAGUUGCGUGGGAAAUAAUCUGGGUUUCCGGUGUGACCGCAAGAGUGACUGCUUACCCAGGGGAAGGGAAAUGCAGCCUGGCUUGGAAACCAAACCCCCCUUUUCUUAUGAUCGCUAGAAAGAAGAGGAGCCAGUCCUGAGGCAUGAGGACAGAUACGUGUAAAGGAGUAAGAGCUCAGACAGCUCCUGUCAUCUGCCGUUUGCCCUUCCAGACUGGAUUGUGAUCCAAGAGCGUUUUAAAGAUUGUUUCGAAAGGAGGAAUUUCCUCCCUUUUCUGUAUUUUUUUUCUUUUUCUUCUGCCUCCUCCUUUCGCUUCCUCAGGUAUGAGUGCCUCUCUGCAGCACCUUAUGCUGGUGCUCAUGCUCUCCAGUGCCACCCUGCUGCUCAGCACUGCGUCUGCUACUCAGAAUGAGGAGCGGUUGUGUGCAUUUAAUGACCCAAAUCAACAGGACAGUGGAGCCAGUGAGAGUCAAAUCUCUCAGGAGAAUGGCACAAUUUUGUGUAUGAAAGGAAGCACCUGCUAUGGACUUUGGGAAAAAACACGGGAAGGAGACAUACAUCUUGUAAAACAAGGAUGCUGGUCUCAUAUAGGAGAUCCUCAGGAGUGUUACUAUGCGGAGUGUAUAGUAACAACCACCCCUUCCCUGAUUCAGAAUGGAACGUAUCGCUUCUGCUGCUGCAGCUCUGACUUGUGUAAUGUCAACUUCACUGAAAACUUUCCUCCUCCGGACCCAACCGAUACAACACUUUUCAAUUCAUCCAAUUCUUUUCACCGAGAUGAGACUAUUGUUAUUGUCUUGGCCUCAGUCUCUGUAUUAGCUGUUUUGAUUGCCGCUAUAUUCUUUGGAUAUAGGAUGUUUGCAGGUGACCGUAAACAAGGUCUACACAGUAUGAACAUGAUGGAGGCAGCAGCAUCAGAACCUUCUCUAGACUUGGAUAAUCUAAAAUUGUUAGAGCUGAUUGGUCGAGGGCGAUAUGGAGCCGUGUAUAAAGGUUCUCUAGAUGAGCGUCCAGUGGCCGUAAAAGUAUUUUCCUUCACGAACCGCCAGAACUUUAUCAAUGAGAGGAACAUUUACAGAGUCCCGCUGAUGGAGCAUGACAAUAUUGCCCGUUUCAUUGUGGGAGAUGAGCGAGUCACUGCAGAUGGACGUAUGGAAUAUUUAUUGGUGAUGGAAUAUUAUCCCAAUGGUUCUUUGUGCAAGUAUUUGAGUCUCCACAACAGUGAUUGGGUGAGCUCCUGUCGUUUGGCACAUUCGGUAACCAGGGGCCUGGCAUACCUUCACACAGAAUUACCUCGAGGAGACCAUUACAAACCUGCAAUUUCCCAUCGUGACUUGAACAGCCGUAAUGUACUGGUGAAAAAUGAUGGAACAUGUGUAAUUAGUGAUUUUGGAUUAUCCAUGAGAUUAACUGGAAAUCGACUGGUACGUCCAGGCGAAGAGGACAAUGCAGCCAUUAGUGAGGUUGGUACAAUCCGCUAUAUGGCCCCUGAAGUGCUAGAAGGAGCAGUGAACUUGAGGGACUGUGAAUCUGCUCUGAAACAAGUAGAUAUGUAUGCACUAGGCCUUAUCUACUGGGAGAUCUUCAUGAGAUGCACAGACCUCUUCCCAGGGGAGUCGGUGCCAGAGUACCAGAUGGCAUUCCAGACAGAAGUUGGAAACCAUCCUACUUUUGAAGAUAUGCAAGUCCUCGUAUCUAGGGAGAAGCAACGACCAAAAUUCCCAGAAGCUUGGAAAGAAAACAGCCUGGCUGUGAGGUCACUGAAAGAGACAAUCGAAGACUGUUGGGACCAAGAUGCUGAAGCUCGACUGACAGCCCAGUGUGCUGAGGAGAGAAUGGCUGAACUCAUGAUGAUUUGGGAAAGGAACAAAUCAGUCAGCCCAACAGUCAACCCUAUGUCUACUGCCAUGCAGAAUGAACGCAAUUUAUCGCACCAUAGGCGCGUGCCAAAGAUCAGGCCAUAUCCAGAUUACUCUUCUUCCUCCUAUAUUGAAGACACAAUCCACCACACCGACAGCAUUGUAAAGAACAUUUCUUCUGAGCAUUCAUUGUCCACUACACCAUUGACUUCAGGGGAGAAGAACAGAAACUCUAUUAACUAUGAACGACAGCAAGCACAGGCUCGCAUCCCUAGCCCUGAGACUAGUGUCACCAGCUUGUCCACCAACACAACUACUACCAACACAACUGGCCUCACUCCUAGCACUGGCAUGACUACCAUAUCUGAAAUGCCUUACUCAGAUGAAACAAACCUACAUGCUACAAAUGUCAUGCAGCCUAUUGGACCAACUCCUGUUUGUCUGCAGCUAACAGAGGAGGACUUAGAAACCAACAAGCUGGAUCCAAAAGAGGUAGACAAGAACUUAAAGGAGAGCUCUGAUGAGAAUCUGAUGGAGCAUUCCCUUAAACAGUUCAGUGGACCAGAUCCACUGAGCAGCACUGGCUCCAGCUUGCUUUACCCACUGAUAAAACUUGCAGCAGAGGUGACAGGACAGCAGGACUUCACACAAGCUGGGAAUGGUCAAGCAUGUUUGAUUCCAGAUGUCCCAUCUACUCAGGUCUACCCUCUACCCAAGCAGCAGAACCUUCCCAAGAGGCCUACUAGUCUACCUUUAAACACCAAAAACUCAACUAAGGAGCCACGACUGAAAUUUGGUGGCAAGCACAAAUCAAACUUGAAGCAAGUUGAAACUGGAGUUGCCAAGAUGAACACUAUCAAUACUGCAGAACCUCAUGUGGUAACAGUUACCAUGAAUGGAGUGGCUGGGAGAAGCCAUAGCAUAAACUCACAUGGUGUAACAACUCAGUAUGCCAAUGGUUCAGUGCCAUCUGGCCAGACAACCAGUUCAGUGGCACACAGGGCCCAGGAAAUGCUGCAGAACCAGUUCAGUGGAGAAGACAGUCGACUGAAUAUUAAUUCAAGCCCCGAUGAGCAUGAACCAUUACUGAGACGGGAGCAGCAAGUUGGCCAAGAUGAAGGUGUUCUGGAUCGUCUAGUGGACAGGAGAGAGCGACCACUGGAUAAUGGCCGAACAAACACCAAUAACAACAACAGUAAUCCAUGUCCAGUGCAAGACAUUACUACACUUGGCAUCCAGAGAAUGACGACAAAUCCUGGGCAGACCCAGAAUAGAAGAGCACAGAGGCCUAAUUCACUAGAUCUGUCAGCCACCAAUACUUUGGACAGCAGUAGCUUGCAAUGUGACUCAUCACAAGAUGGCAAACCAGGCUCCGGAGAAAAAAUCAAGAAACGUGUGAAAACUCCAUAUUCACUGAAGCGGUGGCGCCCUUCAACAUGGGUCAUCUCCACUGAACCACUUGACUGCGAAGUCAAUAACAAUGGCAGUGACAGGGCAGUCCACGCUAAAUCCAACACUGCUGUUUACCUUGCAGAAGGAGGAACAGCCACAACAAUGGUGUCUAAGGAUGCAGGAGUGAACUGCCUGUGAAAUAUUUUAAAAAGCCGACAAUGACACUUUUGCAUUAUUUGAAACAAACGUGCAGAAGACAUUUAAAAAAAAACUGUUUUCACCUCCUGUCAGCAUCCCCUGUCAAGAACUCGCUUUAAAUAGAUUUCAGCUAUGCAGAAAUUUUUUAGCUUAUGCUUCCAUAUUUUUUAAUUUUGUUUCAUUUUUUGAAUGUUUUUGCACUUUUAUUUAGUAUCGCUAAAGUUAAGUCUGUCUGUUUUUGACCACAGAAUUAUAUAUAUGUGUAUCAAAAAUGUGGUCUGAAAAUAUUUUUUUAAAAAAAUUACAAAAAAAAGUAUUGCUGAUAAUCAGUUUGGACCAGUUCCUAAAGGUCACUAAAACAUAAGCAGACUCUAAGACAGGUUUGACUGCAGUGGUGUCUUGUAUCCAUGUUUUGAUUUCUGUGCACAAAUUACUUGGUAUGUUUCUAUGUUACAGAGUGUAUUAUCUUUUGAAUGCCCUACUUUUCUUGUGUUAUGUUGAAAUGUGCAAUAGUCUAUAGUUCACAGUACGCUUUAUUGGAAAGUGUGUUUAUAAAACUGCCACACAUUCUC